AUGUCGUUAAACUACAUCAAAAACUUUUAUGAAGGAUGUCUCAGGCCUCCGACAGUGAUAGGCCAAUUCCACACGCUGUUUUUUGGCUCUGUGCGUACUUUUUUUCUUGGAGUCCUUGGAUUCGCCGUUUAUGGCAAUGAGGCCCUCCACUUCAGCUGUGAUCCGGACAAAAGGGAAAUAAACCUUUACUGUUACAACCAGUUCAGACCUAUAACACCUCAGGUAUUCUGGGCGUUGCAGCUAGUCACUGUCUUGGUACCUGGAGCUGUGUUUCAUCUUUAUGCUGCCUGUAAAAAUAUAGACCAGGAGGAGAUCCUUCAGCGGCCAGUGUCUACAGUCUUCUACAUCAUCUCUGUCCUGUUGAGAAUAAUUCUGGAAGUCUUAGCAUUUUGGCUUCAGAGCCACCUCUUUGGGUUCCUGGUUGAUCCUAUUUAUAUGUGCGACGCCAGUGCCCUCGCAAAGAUCUUCAACAUCUCAAAGUGUAUGGUCCCUGAACACUUUGAGAAGACUAUCUUCCUCAGUGCGAUGUACACUUUCACCAUCAUCACCAUACUCCUCUGUAUCGCUGAGAUUUUUGAGAUUCUGUUCCGAAGACUUGGUUAUUUAAACCAGCCAGUGACUUGAGAAUUUAGCAAGUGUUUUGAGUGAUGCUUCAGCAGUGUUUGUUUGAUGUCUUCUAUGGGUCUCUGAAUGACAGACAGGACAUAAACCCACAUACCUCUGCAUUUUCUGGCGGUAGACACAGAAAUACAUGCUUUUUUUAAAACAUGACGACUUAUCAUUCCUUUUCUGGAAUAAACAAAACAGAACAAGCCUAAUUAAUGGCAAGGGACUCAUUAAUCUUAAAUUUUAUGCAUUAAAAACAUCUCUCUAGCAGGAGAU